AAGUGAUAACAGAUUCAAACAAUAGAUUUCCACCUCGAUCAGGGGCGACUUCGGUGUGGUGAGUUCGCCUCCGAGUGGUGAGGUUCUGCGGCUCCAAUGCGCUAGAACGUGAUGGAGGAAGGAAGACAAUAGGCGGGAAUAGAAAAACCGCGAAAAGCAAUACUCGGAAAAGCCAACCGAAAUCACAAGUUGUACAAAUUGGCUGCGGAUUCGAUAGUGAAAACCUUUAUUGCCAUUGAUAAUUAGGGGCGCAAACCAACCCAACUGCCGCCAUGGCCAGCAAGCGGCUGAUGCUCGAAGAGGAGGAAGAAGAAGAUUUGUGCGGUUCCGAGAAUGACGAGCAGCUCCAGGAAAAUCCAUCGGCCAAGCGCCACAAAAGCGGAGCCCUGGAGACUCUGAUGCAUCGCCUACUUAAACGUCAAAUUCCGGCCGCCGGAUCUGGGUGCAACACAAUCCUUUCGCCCAUUACCGAGCUCUCGCAGAACAUGCGGUGUACAACCUUGGAGCCAGGAGGCGGAGCAACGCCCAAAUCCACUCAGCGUAGCUCCAAGACCCUCAGCCACUUCAACAGUGUAUCGUCCAGGACGCUGAGCAGUUUCGACAGCGUGUCCUCCAGCUACGAUUCGGGAAACUCACUGGACGACGAGUACAUGGCAAUGUUCGAGCUGGAAGCCGAAGAGGAUCCAAAGCUGGGGCUGCCCGGGGACCUGGAGCUGCUCAUCAGUGGGCAACUAAAGACCUAUCAGUUGCCCGACGCCGAGGAGCCUUCAAAACGGUCCGUACGUCGCUGCCUGAGCAUGUACCCAUGUGACCAGCAGCGCCAGGCUGAGGGAGGAAAGGAGGAGUAUCCCAGCACAGAGCACCUGGGCCACAAAUCCCCGGGGCGGAAGCUGCAAAGAAAAACGCUCUCCAUGAACGAUGCCGAAAUAAUGACUGCCUUGGGCGACGAACCCGAGUUGAUUGGAGAUCUCAGCCGGCCGUGUGCCCUACCGUGCUUGCUCUCCGGCACACGACACCGCGACCUAAAGACGAUAUCGAGUGACACCCUGGCCCGUCUGAUGCAGGGUGAUUUUGCCGAGCAGCUGGGCAGCAAGGGAGGCUACCAGAUCAUCGACUGCCGUUAUCCGUAUGAAUACCUGGGCGGUCAUAUACGCGGAGCCAUGAACCUCUAUACCCGAGGACAGAUCCAGGAUGCCUUUCCCAGCUUCGCCGAGCAGCUGCAGCGAACCGAAGAGCGUCGCAUCUUUGUUUUCCACUGCGAGUUCUCCUCGGAGCGCGGACCUAAGCUAUUGCGCUUCCUCCGGAGCAACGACCGCAGCCUGCACGCCCACAACUACCCGACUCUGGACUACCCGGAGUUGUAUCUACUCCACAAUGGCUAUAAGGAGUUCUUUGGGCUGCAUGCCGAGCUCUGCGAACCGGAGGGCUAUGUGCCAAUGCUGGCACCUGACCACAACGAGGAGUUCCGCUACUUCCGGGCCAAGACCAAGUCCUGGCAGUGCGGCGAAGGCGAGGGCGGUGACAGUGGCAUCGGUGGGGGCGGUGGAGGCGGUGGAGGCGGUGGCUCCCGCACACUGAAAAAGUCGCGCUCUCGCCUGGUCUACGCCGAGUGAUGGAAUCCAAUCUCCAAAAGAAAACCAAAUACUUAUCUAGGACGCAAAUUUUUAGUUUCGUUCCGUUGCGUUGUCCAAAGUGUUAUAGUCCUUUAGAUUUAAUCUAUGUUGUAUUCCGUACUUCAGUUAUUAGUUCAGCGUUCAGUGGAAAGGAUAGGGAAAGUCUAAGCAAUGGGAACAGAAACGGAAAAUGAAAGUUGUUCUCUAGUCAGUGAAAGUUAAAAUUUCGAAAUUUCAUCUAGUUUGUAUUUUUUGUGUUUCUGGCAUUUUUUUUUUUUGGUUAAGUUAACAAAGUUAUUCAUAUUUAAUUUAAAUU